AUGGUUUCAAAAGAGAAUCGUGUUGUAGUCCCAAUAAAUGUAUUAGAAGCUCUACAUUUCAUCAAGAAGGCAUGGGAUGAAGUGAGCCCUCGAACAAUUCAAAAUUGUUUUUCUGCAUGUGGAUUCGACGUGAUUACCACCGAUGAAUCAGACACAGCGCUGGAAAAUCCAGAAGAAGUAGAAAUUGAUCUGUACACAUCUGUAUUUGAUGUGGAUGUAAACUUUAACGAAUUUGUGGAGGUGGAUUGUGAUCUACCGGUAUGCUUUCCACCUACAGAUGAAAGUAUCGUACGUGAAGUGUUACAAAGGGAAGAAGAAGACGAUGCAGGUUUCGACAAUUUGGAGGACCCUGAAAUUGAGCCACCUACACCACCAACUGUUCAAGAAGCUAGACAAGCUAUCGACACGAUCAGAUGUUUUCUGGAAAGUUCUGAAGAUAUCGAAUACUACAUUUUCAAGAAACUAAAUGAAAUAUCUUCGGUGGUUUCCAAAUUGGAAAAAAAACGUUUUAAGCAAAUGAAAAUAAACGAUUUUUUUAAACCCGUAUGA